AACAACAAACCCAUGUCUAGUCAAGCUUUGCUUCGCUUUGACAGUGUUUAUCGUCCCGCCAUUCUCACCUUCCUCAGUUCUUCAUCUUCUCUAAUACAAGCCCGAACAGCUCACGCCCACAUUCUCAAAACCGGUCUAUCUUCCGAAACCCAUCUCAUAACCAAGCUCGUAUCUUGCUACUCCAACCACCGCUCUUUCUCCGAUGCAGAAUCCAUUCUCGACUCAACCCCUCAAUCCUGUUCACUCUUCUCUUUCUCCUCCCUCAUUUACGCUUGUUCCAAACUCAAUCACUUAUCACAAGUCCUCCAACUAUUCUCCCGAAUGCUAAAUCGAGGAAUUCUACCCGAUGCUCAUGUUCUCCCCACCGCCGUUAAAGCUUGCGUUGGAUUAUCAAACAUCAAAGCAGGGGAAAUGAUUCAUGGGAUUGCAUUUCAUGUUGGGUCUGCGUAUAAUGAUUUCGUGCAAUCAUCUCUUUUACAUAUGUAUAUAAGUUUUGGAAACUUACAGAAUGCCCGCAAGGUGCUCGACGAAAUGCCUGAGCCAGAUUCGUUAUCGUUGAGUGCCUUGAUUGCGGGUUAUGCUAGGGAAGGAUUUGUAAAUGAUGCGAAAGAGAUGUUUGAUGAAAUGAGUGAAAUUAAUACAGUUACAUGGAAUGGAAUGAUCUCAGGUUUUAACCAGAGUGGUCAUUGCUUUGAAUCUGUUUUAAUGUUUCAUAAGAUGCAUAGUUUGGGUUAUAUGGCUGAUGGAACUAGCAUAUCAAGUGUUCUUUCUUCACUUGGAGAUUUGUUAGAUCUUAAUAUGGGUAUUCAAAUCCACGCUUUUUCGUUCAAGAUCGGUUUGGUAUCGAGUGUUUGUGUCGUGAGUGCUCUGAUCGACAUGUAUGGAAAAUCUGGUCAAACAAGCGAGAUAUCGAGGGUAUUCGAUGAAUUGGAUAAACCAGACGUAGGUUCUUGCAAUGCCCUUAUUGCAGGGCUAUCGAGAAACGGUCUUGCAGACGAGGCAUUAACGAUAUUUAGACGAUUAAAUAGAGAAAGGAUGGAUUUAAACGUUGUUUCAUGGACAACUAUGAUUUCUUGCUGCACGCAGCAUGGAAAAGACAUGGAAGCUUUGGAUCUCUUCAGAGAAAUGCAGCAGCUUGCCAUGUUGAAACCUAAUUCGAUAACGAUACCUUGUUUGUUACCCGCUUGUGGUAAUAUUGCAGCGUUAAUGCAUGGAAAAUCAGCUCACGGAUUCACUCUUAGAAAGGGUAUACCAAUCGACGUUUACAUAGGCAGCUCGUUGAUCGAUAUGUACGCGAAAUGCGGAAAAAUUGAAUCCUCACUCUCGAUUUUCAACAAAAUGCCUACUCGAAACAUCGUAUGUUGGAACGCAAUGAUAAACGGCUACGCAAUGCACGGAAAAGCUAAAGAAGCGAUGGAAAUCUUCGAAAAAAUGCAAAAUCCCGAUUUCAUCACCUUCACUUGUAUUCUAUCGGCUUGUAGCCAAAACGGGCUGACAGAAGAAGGGAAGAAGUAUUUCGAUAGCAUGUUAGAGCACGGGGUUGAACCGAGAAUGGAGCAUUACGCUUGCAUGGUGAAUCUUCUCGGUCGAGUUGGAAAGCUCGACCAAGCCUUCGAUUUGAUAAAGAAAAUGCCAUUUACCCCCGAUUCUUGCGUAUGGGGAGCGUUACUCAGCUCGUGUAGAGUUCACAAGAACGUUAGUUUGGGUGAGAUUGCUGCCAAGCGAUUAUUUGAAUUGGAGCCGACUAACCCGGGUAAUUAUGUUCUCUUAUCGAACAUAUACGCAUCGAAAGGGAAGUUCGAUGAAGUUGAUAGAAUUCGAGAUAUGAUGAGAAGUAUUGGGAUUAGAAAAAAACCGGGAUGUAGUUGGAUUGAGAUACAGAGGAAGGUGUAUAUGUUAUUGGCGGGUGAUAAAUCGUAUUCGGAGAUGGAUUCGGUGAAGAAGAAGAUGGAAGAAAUCGGGGCGGAGAUGAAGAGGUCGGGUUAUUCGCCUAUAGUUGAAUUUGUGCUUCAAGAUGUUGAAGAACAAGAGAAGGAGGAUGCAUUGUGUGGGCAUAGUGAGAAAUUGGCUGUGGUUAUUGGUUUGUUGAAGACUGAAAAGGGAUGUUCACUUCGAGUGAUAAAGAACCUAAGAAUUUGUGGGGAUUGUCAUCAAGUUAUCAAAUUUGUGUCUAAAUUUGAAAAUAGGGAAAUCUUUGUUAGAGAUACUAAUCGUUUUCAUCACUUUAAAGAUGGUGUUUGUUCAUGUGGUGAUUAUUGGUAAUACACAUUUUCAG